AUGAACGACUUUGUGCAGCUGUCCAGGUCUCUGCUGGUCGGACGCAGAGACACGAGGCCAGACUGCCUGUCGGCUGAGGACAGCACCACCAGCAGGACGCAGCGGGUGGACGCUGAUGAUGACGUCAUUGAUGAGGUCAGCCGACUUCCCGACUCUCUGGCUGUUGCCCAGCCGCGGUCUGACGUCAUCGAACGUCUGACCGAGAAAAGCAGGAAGGAAUGCCAGGAAGCUGUGAAGCAGCUAGAGGCACACCUGAGCCAUCUGUCCCAGGAGUGUGAGACUGAGGUGAGGACCGUCAGUCAGCAGCUGCUGUCCUCUCUGCAGGACGCAGACCACAGAUUGGACACCCUGAAGUUCCGGAUGGAUCAGAUGGAACACCUGGACUGCGUCACUGUGCAGGAGCUGAGCGUCCUCUGGGAGGAGGUGCAGCAGGAGGUGGAGCUGAAGAAGACCAGCAUUUGUGAGCUGAACCUCAAACUGAGCCAGUGUGAACGACGACGAGGCGUCCAGGUCGGAGCUGUUUUUAGGAGGUUCUGCCACCUGCUGGAGAACGUUGUUCUGCCUCCAGCUGAGCUUCUCACACUGAUCCACGCUAAGGCUACGAUGCUGAAUCAGUCUCUGCUGGCAAACCGUCGCAGCGCCGCCCGACUGCUGCUGCUCCUCCAGGAGGAGAACCUGCAGCACCAGUCACUCCUCCGACGGCACUGGGAGGACCUUCAGAACCGCUGGAAGAGGACCAGAGUGACCCAGCUCAUAGAGCAGUUCAGGUGGGUGGAGAACCAGAUGGUAGACAGGUUGUGUAUCACUGAGGACCAGCUGACUUCAGAUCAGCUGAUCACACAGACGCGCUCAGAUCUGCCCGAACGCCGUCUGGACGCCAUCUACAGCAUCUGCUCUCUGGUCCCGCCCACCUGCUCCACUGCUCUGGUCUCUGAUUGGUUCGACCAGCUGACAGCCAUCAAUCAGCAGAUCGAGCGUCUCCAUGGCGACCUCCUCCAUCAGCUGCGGUGUUCUGCCGAGCGGUCCUGGAGGUGCCGUCUGGAGCAGGUGGACCAUUGUCAGGAGGCGCUGUCUGCUCUGCAGCUGUCGGAGCAGGAGGUGAACCACAUCGUCAGCUCUCAACUCCUCCCUCUGAUUGGACGACGGCAGAGUCAGGAUGAAGAGCGAUUGGCUGCUUUGGAUGUGUGCUGCGACUCGGCCGCCCGUCACGCUCUCUGCCUCAGCAGGUGUGCCUUUGCUGUGAUGCGAGCAGCGGCGUUGCUAUGGGAGACGCACAGCCGCAGGUUAGCGAGGAGAGAAGAGGAACUGCAGCGACACCUGGACGAGCUGAGACACUCGCAGCAGCAGCACAUACAGGAGCAGAAGGUGCUUGUGGACGAGAUGUUGGGGUGUCUGAGGCAGGAAAGCAGCGAAGACGCUCUGAAGACAUCUCUGGACCAAACCGUCCUCCACCUGCAGGUCGUCACCGACAGUUGCAGACAGUGUGUCUCUGCUCAGUGUUCGGUGUUGGAUUCUGUCCCGUCUCUCUUCAUGGAGGAGCUGUUCUCCUACAGCAGCAGCCUCAGCUCCCUCUUCCAGCUCAGCCACGCCUACCGACCGGGUCCAGAAGAACUGCAGAACCUCCAUCUGUCGAGCUUCACUUGUGUGGACCACCUGGACCGGCUGGACCGGCUGGACCAGCUGGACCACCUGGACCACCUGGACCCGGGAGCCAAUGGGAGACCUGAGACUGUGAAACCAGAGAUGACUGCGAAACAUCCAAUCGGUUGUCAGCAGGAUGCAGGCUCCGCCCAGGACGCUCAGGACUGGCUGGCUGAGGCGGAGUCGUCCCUGGCAGAGCUCUGUGACAUCAACACCUAUGUCACCUUUACAUCAUCGGGAGGCGUGGCCUACACUGGCCCCGCCUUCAGAUGCCCCGCCCCAUCAGACAGCCUCCACACACCUGAGACGACACACCUGGACCUGUUUCCUGCAGAGCUGCUCACACACACGCUGAGCAGGACCCGCACUCUGGUCCUCGAUCACCUGGAGCAGUGUUUCCGCGGCGCCCUGAGCUCAGCCGUUGCCAUGGUGACAGAGAGGAAGGAGGCGCUGCGUUCAGAGCAGGAAGUGCAGCUUCAGCAGCUGAGACCAGAGCACGUCCUGACCCCCUUCUACCUGCUUCGCCAUGCGGAGCUGCAGCUGCACAGGCGGCGGGUGGACGUCCACUGUGAGGACGUGUUGGACACGCUGACGUCCUGCAGGACGGAGCUGCAGCAGCUGCAGGCCUCCAUCGCCGCCAAGAACCAGGACUUCACCGCCGCUCUGUCCAACAUGGAGGACGGCAUCUGGGCGGCCGACAGCAGCCGACGUCUGGAUGCUGUAAGCUCCGCCCUGCAGCACCGACUGGACCAACACAUCAAAGCCACCCAGCAACGCCAGAGCAGCUUCAGGCAGACGGUCCAGGUCCGACUGGAGGAGGCCAGAACCAGAACCACCCAGCUGCUGAGCUCCUUUAGACGGUUCAGUGAAGGAGGAGAUGUUGCUCCUCAGGAGUUGAGGGUGUUUCAGAGGAGGCUGACGGAGGAAACCAGACGGAUCGGUGAGACUGAGGCGUCCAUCUUCUCUGAGCUGGAGGCGUUUGAGUCCAGGAGUUUGCAGCAGACAGCCAACAGUAACCAUCAGCAGUCUGUGAUCGGCAGCAGGUUGGAGGAUCUGAGGAAAAUGAUGGAGUACACACAGGUGUGUCCAGAUCAGCUGUUUCCUGUGCUGUCAUCAGUCAGGGAGGAGCUCAGGAAGCGCUGUCAGUACCUGGACCUUGACCUGGCCUCUGUGCUGCAGGACACUCUCACCCUGCCGGCUAACGUCAGGAAGCAGGUGUGUCCAGCGCCUGCUUCUGGCUUAUUGCAGCCCAGCAGAACAGGUGUGGACCUCCUGGAGGACCCUGUUGUGGGUGUCAUCAGGUUCCUGAACAGGUUCAGUUUGACUGAAGACGCUGCAGCAGAAAGCAACCAGAGAGGAGCUGCAGUUUGUGUGUCUGCAGAUGAGAGUCCUGUCCAGCGUCAGCAGUCCGUCAGCACACUCAGCGUGAGGAGGAGCUGCAGGUCCAUCAGGAUGGACACAAGGUUCCACAGAUUUGGACUCAAACCAGAAGCAGAACCAACCACAUGCUCCUUCAGCUCCUCAUUGAACUCUGUCCUGCAGAAAGCAAACGACGACCUGCUGCUGCUCGCUGAGGACUUCUACUGCAGUCGGCGUGUCACCAGGUCCCAGCUACUUCCUGACUCCGUGGACCAAUGGGCUGACGGCAUGCAGCAAAGGCUGCUGGGAUACCAGGAAGAGGCCCAGAGGUUUCUGAGCAUGAGCAGAGAGGAGGUGGUGCAGCAGUGUUCUGUGCUGGGGCGGUUGCUGCGUUCGCUACCUGCAGUUUUGAUCCUGAACCACGAGCGACAACAGGAGGCGGGGCUUAGGGAGGAGGUGGGCGGAGUCAGACAGAAGCUGGAGGAGAUGCAGGCUGCCAGCAAGAAGGAGAGGGUUGUGUGCGUCUCUCGGCUGCGGCCGUCUCUCAGUCAGUGUCAGCUGCAGACUCUGACCAGCAGAGAGGAGCAGCGUCAGCAGCAGCUGUUCAGCGCCACCUGCAGCGCACACCUGGAGAUACAGGAGUGUGUGCGAGUCAGAGGGGAGGAGUUUGUGACAUCAUUGGUAUCUCUGACAGAAGAGCUGCUGCAUGAGUUCGACAGGCUGCUGACACCUGCAGAAACCGAUGCAGCAUCAACACACUACAGCACUGUUACCAUGGAGACCAUGGAGACAGGAGCUGAAACAGGAAGCAGGUACUGUCUGAGCUCAACAGCUCAACAGCUCCUUCAUAAUAAAAGCCUGAAGGCUCCUUCACAGCGUGACAACAACGGACCAAAUGGCCACCAGAACCACCAUGACCAGCUUUGGACCCUGCAGGAAGUGGAGCUCAGAACUUUGAUGAGCUGCAUCCAGAAAGCUCCACGUAGUCCUGCAGCCGAGCCUUUGUCCUGA